AUGGACCUGGUUGCUUCAUGUGGAACGCAGCACAAUGUAGUUGGAUUAGAUGUAGACUACUUUGUUGGCCAGAUGGGACUUCUUGAGAAGGACCCACACAAGUGCAAGAAGAUCACUGAUCUUGAGCUUAUGGCAUCUGAAUGGAAUCAAGUCAAGCUUUUACUUGAGCUGCUAAGUAAACCUGCAGUACUCAAUCCUCUUCAAAAGGCAAAUCACAUUCAUCAGUAUUGGGGCAAACACCUGUAUCAUGAUGCUCUUGCUCAUGCAGAAGAGAUAUACAAAGAGUAUUAUCAAGAGAUGUAUGGCAAUGGUGUUCCAAAACCUGCGGCAGUGAACAAUAUUGUCAGAGGUAGCCACAAGCUCAUGAACCUCAUGUGGGAGCUAUCGGACAAUGAUGAUGACAUGAUGACAUCCACUCCUACAGCUUCAAGUUCCACCUACGAUCCUGCAAAGCCAUGGCUGCAAGACUUCAAUGCUUACCUUAAUUUGAAGGACCACCUUGGUGGACAAUUCAUUGUCCAGUGGCUUGACUCUGAGGAAAGGGAAAGCUGGAAUACCAUGAUUGAAGAUGUAGAAGAUGAUGGUUUAGAUAGCAAUGUUGAUGAUACCAAGGAUGCGGAGGUACAGAUACUAACACUAGAUGAAAUUUGA